AUGCGCGGACGGUCGCGGGCGCUCGCGCGCGCUGUGGCGCUCGCGCUCGGUGUAGGUUUAUGCGCGAUCGAGCUCGCGCACGCGCGCGCGGUGGUGAACGCGUCGGGGGUGUUCGCCACGCGCGCGCUGGCGUGCCCGGAGGAACCGCGAUGUGAGCGGUGCGCGGCGCCGUUGCACGCGGCGCCGUUCGCGGCGCCGGCGAAUCUCACCGCGCUUCGCGUCGUGUCGUGUCGAUACCGCGCGGACGCGUGUGAGAUGUUGCGCGCGGAGGUGAAGACGUGCGCGCGACGGGCGCGAGCGCUGUGCGGGGAGCGAGACGCGCGCGUGGAGGCGAAAAGUCGAUGCCGCCGCGAGGUGAAUCGCGCGUGGCGGACGCGGUGCAAGGAGACGCGAACGGCGCUGGUGAUGACCACGGAGCGCACGGUGAAACGGUUCGCGAGCGCGCUGGAGCGCCUGCGAGGGGCGAAACGAAGACGCGCGGAGGGGGGCGCGGGGGAGGACGCGACAGCGCUCGAGGUGGAACUCUCGAGGCUGAAGACGUCCGUCGCGGACGCGUACGAGAGCGUGAAGAAUAACGACGGUGGGAUCGCGAUCGGUGGGAUGUCGCGCAGAAUGCGCGCGUUCACGGAAGGGCCCACGAGCGUGGACUCGUUGGCGGACGUGAGCGCGGCGAUCGCCGCCAUGGAAGCCGUCGCGGGGGAACUCGAAACGCUCAGCUCCGAGGCGAGAAGCGUGUGCUCGCGCGACGCGAGCAUGGACACCGAGGAGGCGAAGAUCACGUGCGAGACGAUUGAGGAAAAGAUGCAACUGUCGGAGAAGCGAGUGAAUCGCUGCGCCGCGCGACUGAGCGAUUUCAUGGUGUCGACGGCGAAAAUCGACGCCCUCGUCGCCGAACAAAAGCGUCGCUUCGCGCUGUUGGACUCCCUCGACGCGUUCGCCGAGUCGUUCACGGGCGCUUGGAACGCGGCGGCGAUCGACGUCGACGUCGACGGCUCGGGCGUGCGAGAAACCUCCGCCGGGUUCAACCUCACCGAGCACGUCGCCUCGGGCGUCGUCGACGUCCUCCUCAACGAGUACGCCGCCUCGAGCGCGCGUCGCUCGCUCGCCACCGCCGAGGUUCCCGAAGACGCGCUCUGCGCCCAACUCAUCCCGCGUUUACAGCUCUCACUCCUGGGCGCCGGCUUGAACGCCGCCGACCUCGUGUGUCCGCCGCCGCACGGCACCUUUAUCGCCGGCCGCGAGCUCCCGGACUGGUCCGCCUACUUUUUAUUCCUCUUCGGCGUCGCUCUCGGCGUCGCCAUCGCGGUGAGCACCAAUCACGCGAGCGAAGGCGUGGCGUUCAUCCGCCGUCACGCCUCGGUCGUCGUCGCCGUUCUCGUCGUCGUGCUCGCCGGGAGGUUCUUCGAUUGA